AUGGUCUUCACUCUGAAGGUGGGACCCGAGCACAUGAAUGCCUUGCAGACGAUGCAUGGAGCCUUUGCCAUGUUGCUCUUGGACGUUUUGACAACUGUUACGACAAUGGACCUGGUGAUGAAGCCCACGGUCUCUGUCAACAUGGCAGGUCAGUACCAGGGGGCAGCAAAGCCGGGGGAAGAGCUGGUCAUGGAUUGCCGGGUUGAGAAGGCCGGGGUGCUGGAUGGCUUUGAAUCCAUUGAAUCCAUAUGA